CGCACACUCCUUCAGGGUACACCAGCCGGCUCAGGCAGUCCUCUCUCUCCUUUGUUGUUUUUCUGUUGGUUGGUCUCAGCGACGGCGGAGCAGCGUGCACCUCUAUCGCCACCUCUGUGUGUGUGUGUGUGUGUGUGUGUGUGUGUGUGUGUGUGUGUGUGUGUGUGUGUGAGGAGUCUGCGAGGCGGCGUGUGAAGGAUACCACUAGCAGCGCCCGGGCUCUGGGCCCCAUUGGUCGUCUGCCUUCCAACCAUUAUCUCCACUCCUCCACCCCUCUGUCAUCCUUUCUCGCUCUCCGCGCUCUCUCCACCUCCUUCCCUCAUUGCCGGUCACAUCUCUCAAGUCCUAAAAAUGAUUUGCAUGCAGGAGGAGAGCGCAACUUUGCAGUGAGAGAAAUAAAGGAGAGGCUGAAACCGGGAGAGCGGGAGGAAAAGUUUACUGAGAAGACUGCAGCUGGAAGAAAAUGAGUUUGGAGGAGACGUGGUGAGCCGCUCCUCCCUCGCCGAACGUCAGAAGGUCACGCUGGAAGCAGAGGUCGGGGCCAACGAGCUGUGUCACGCCCACAACGCUUCAGAUGGAGGUGGAUGCAGAUGAUAAGCGCCAUCGCACACGCUCCAAAGUGCCUGUGGAUCCAGCAUUAACAGAGCUUUUCAGUGUGUACGGCUGCCCUCUGGCCAAGAAGAGGAAGAGCAUAGACAGACAAACCCUGGAAACGUCCCCCAAGAGGAGCACCUACCUUGAUGACAUGGACAACUCCACAAUGGAGGAGUGCUACGAGACGGACGGAACCGAGGAGAUGGACGACCGGGAGGAAGAGGAGGAGGAAGGAGCCGUAGAGGAUGAGGAAGAGGAGGGGGAAGUGGAGGAGGAGGAAGAGGAGGAGGUAGAAGCCUACAUGGACUACAAUGUAGAGCAAAUGGAGCAUGAGGACGGGGAGGUGGAGACAGGGGAUGGAGAGGGGGAAGAGGAAGCAGAGGAGGAGGAGGAGGCAUAA